CUUUGUAUUUAAGACACCCAUUAUCAAUUGGGAGCUGAGAAAAAAGGAAAAUUAUCAGAUAUUGAUAAAAUAUUGAUGGGGGAUUCUCUGUCACUGUCGUGACCGUUCAACACUCCUCCUUCUCAGUUCGACUCAAGUCUCCGAUCGUGCUAGUCGCGUGCAACUCCUAUCGUGGGUAUAAAGAAAUCCAUUCGGCAGUGAUAACAAGUCGUCCAGACUUUGUGGUUUCAAGACCUAUGUUAUCUUGUUUCGCAGGUGUUUAGCAGUGACAGUGAUCAUGAACGAUAUCGUGCAGGAAGGACUUCGAGCGGAGUUCGCGCUAAGCAGCGCCCCCGCGGCGGCAGACGCUCCGCCGGUCUACAAGCCCACCACGAUGCCCUACGAUAGGGAAAGUGGCCCCAAUGGAAGCGUCGGCCACUCCAGCAAUCCCGGGAGCCAGGAAAGUGAUGACGGAAGUCUGGAGCUCAAGCGAUUUUCGAAUUUGCCCACGAGAGAGCCCGUGGACAUCCAAUUCAAGGAUAUCAGUUACUAUGUGAACGUGGGUUUUCGCAAAGAGAAAAAGGAGAUUCUCCACAAAGUCAAUGGCAAAUUUCCUGGAGGACAACUAAUUGCUAUUAUGGGUCCUUCGGGAGCGGGUAAAAGUACUCUUCUGCAUGUGCUUUCUGGCUACAAGAAGAGCAACGUUAAUGGUGCUGUUUAUGUGAAUGGACGAAUCAGAAAUUUGAAUUCAUUCCGGAAGAUGACUUGCUACAUCACCCAAGACGAUCACUUGCAGGAACUUCUCACGGUUCUUGAGAAUAUGCGAAUUGCUGCUGAUUUUAAACUGGGCGCGAAUUACCCUGUUCAGCAGAAAGACGCUCGCAUUGAAGACAUCCUCACCGUUCUUGGUCUGUACGAACAUCAAUUCACUCUCGCCGGUCGUCUUUCUGGUGGCCAGAAGAAGCGUCUCUCAAUCGCUCUGGAGCUGAUCAGUAAUCCUACAAUCAUGUUCCUCGACGAGCCAACAACUGGACUCGAUAGCUUUUCCUGCACACAAGUUGUCGAUCUACUGAAACAGCUGGCUGGUCAGGGUCGCACCAUAAUUUGUACAAUUCACCAGCCGUCCGCCAAGCUUUUUGCCGAAUUCGACCAAGUGUACGUGCUUUCGCUCGGCGAGUGCCUCUACCAAGGCAGCACCGGAAACCUCGUGCCCUACCUGCAGUCGAUCGGCCUCCCGUGUCCAAAGUAUCACAAUCCCGCCGAUUACAUCAUUGAGCUGGCGUGCGGAGAGCAUGGGGAUGAUAAGAUUCCGCAUAUGGUGGCCGGCACGGGCAACGGCGAGUGCCUGGAUUGGUUUGGCGACCCCAGCAAAGUCCUGAAGCUGGAGACGCUUCGCAUGAAGUAUCCCAUCCAGAGGCCGGCCAAAGAGAACACAAUCCUCCAGGCGACAAAUCAGUGGAACCAGCUGAAGACGCUCAUCAAGCGCGGCAUUAUUCGCGGCAAGAGGGACACGACACUGACGCAUCUCAGGAUUGGCGUGAACAUCAUGGUGGCUGUUAUGCUGGGAUUCCUCUUCAUUGAAGGUGGCAAUGAAGGUUCGCGCGUCCUGGACAACUACAAUCUUAUGUUUGCCAAUCUCAUGCAUCACUCCAUGACAACAAUGAUGUUGACUGUAUUAACAUUCCCAACAGAAAUGGCAAUUCUGCGGAAAGAGCACUUCAACAGGUACUACUCACUGAAGUCUUACUACGCCUCAGUGACUCUUCUUGACAUUCCAAUGGCGACAUUCUGCUGCUUCAUUUACACAGUAAUUGUGUAUUUCCUGAGUUACCAGCCUCAUGAAUUUUUCCGAUUUGCUAUGUUCUUCACGAUAUCCCUCUUGGUAGCAUUUGUAGCCCAAAGCAUAGGUCUCAUGGUUGGUGCUUGGUUCAAUGUUGUGAAUGGCACUUUUAUCGCUCCUGUUUCGUCAAUUCCGAUGAUGAUGUUCGCUGGAUUUGGAGUGACACUUCGUGAUUUGCCACCCUAUCUGAAAUGGGGUAGUUAUAUAUCAUACCUGCGAUAUGGCCUUGAGGGAUAUGUGGGUGCAAUUUAUGGGGAAAACCGAGAAACACUCGUCUGUGAAGCCAAACCAUAUUGUCACUUCAAAUAUCCCAAGAGAUUCCUCCACGAAAUCUCGAUGGAAGGCGAUCAGUUUUGGACUGACGUGUAUGCUCUCUGUAUUAACAUGCUCCUGUUCAGAGUACUAGCAUUUAUCCUCCUGAAGGCUAAGCUAAGGGCUGUGAGAUAAAAUUGGCAAUGUUACUAGAUCACCAAAUGGUUUUUAUGCUAUUCUUCAAUUAUAUGUUAAGUUGCACGAACAAAACAAUACAAUAAGUGCGAAGAAAAACGCAUAGGGAAAUAUAAUUAAUGUCUUCCAAACCAACAAAUCAAUUUGUACAAAGAUAAAUAAAUAAAUAAAAUAAAUUUAUAAUCAUACUAAUCAAAG